AUGCCCUCAACCCGAUCACCGCACAGGCCAUCGAGCCUUCGGUCCAACGCCAACUCGGAAACCGCAUCGAUAAUCGAGCCCAUCCAGGAAGAAGUCAUCUCGAACGACGGUGAGAUCUCGGCUGGUGCUGAUCCCAGCCCUACAGAAACAUCACCUCUCCUCACCUCACGCAGACACUCCAAAUACCACCAUCUUCCGCCACCAUCACGCCAGUCGAAACCCAAGUCGCUCUGCAACUCGAUCCUCGUGCUCGUCGCCAUCUUCACGUUGGCCAUCACCACCUCGGUCGUGCUCAAGAACCUGCUCGGCGAAUUCGACGACAACCCCGCAGACGGCCCGGGCUCCACCGAUCCGCGCGGUCGACGUCACCCGGCUGUCUUGGCAUACGGCCGCAGAGCAGGCGUAGCGACCGAGAACGAGGUAUGCAGCAAGGUCGGCUUGGAUGUGUUGCUCGAAAAGGGCACGGCUGUGGAUGCGGCUAUAGCGUCGACGCUGUGUGUCGGGGUGCUCAACAUGUUUAGCUCCGGAAUCGGUGGUGGUGGGUUCAUGGUUGUCCGCGACCCCACGCCCUGCUUCGAUAAGCGUGGUCAGCAGCACGACUGCGUCGAGCAUACGACGAUCGACUUUCGAGAGACUGCCCCUGCCGCAGCCAACAAGACCAUGUACGUUGGUCGUGUGCCCAAGGCACAGCUCGGCGGUCUGGCCGUGGGGGUCCCGGGAGAACUGCGAGGGCUGCAAGAGGCGCAUAAGCGCUAUGGAAAGCUGGCGUGGAAGCGGCUGGUGCAGCCGUCGAUCGAGCUGGCCAAAUCAGCAACGGUGAGCAAGGAGCUCGCAAGGCGGUUGUCGUACUUUGGCCAAUUCAUGUACGACGACCCGACGUGGAGCGACAUCUUUGUCGACGAGCAGACGGGCGAGCUCAAGAAGGAGGGGGAUACGUUUCAUCGUCCUGCGUAUGCACGCACGCUUCAGACGAUUGCUGACCAUGGACCCGAUGCCUUUUACACGGGCUCGAUCGCCGAGAGUCUGGUCGAAACCACGCAGGCCCAUGGAGGAAUUUUGACACUGCAAGACCUGCACGAUUACAAAGUGGUGGUCAAGCCGGCGCUGCAAGGCUCGUGGCUAGGCAAAAAGGUGUACACCACACACGCGCCUACGUCCGGGCCCAUUCUACUGUCCAUCCUCAACAUUCUGUCUCUGAUCCCGGACUUUAUCUCCACGCGCGAAGUGACGAGUCUCAACAUGCACCGGUUUGUCGAGGCGCUCAAGUUCGGGUUUGGUCAGCGCACCUCGCUCGCGGAUCCGGGCUUCCUGUCCUCGGACGAUCUGCAGCGGAUUGCAGCCAUCCCCACCAUGGCUGAGGCCGAACAGAUUGCGCCCAACAUCACCGACGACCGGACGCACCCGCUCGACUACUACCACCCUCAGUUCGACAUUGUCAACGACCACGGCACGAUGCACCUCUCGAUCCUGGACCAGCACGGCAUGGCGAUCGCGCUUACUUCGACGGUCAACCUCAUCUUUGGUUCGCGCGUUAUGGACCGCACCACGGGCGUUAUUCUCAACGACGAAAUGGACGACACGUCUACCCCGGGAGUACCCAACGCGUUUGGGCUGGCGCCUUCGCCGUUCAACUACCCGGAACCACGCAAGCGCCCGCUCUCGUCGACGUGCCCGACCAUCAUCGAGACGGCGACUGGAGACGUCGAGCUCGUCCUUGGCGGCAGCGGCGGCAGCCGCAUCUUCAGCUCCGUGCUGCAAACCAUGUUGAACUUCUACCUCUGGAACAUGGAUUUGAGCCAGGCGAUCGAGGCGCCCAGGCUGCACCACCAACUGCUGCCCACCCAGCUCAGCGUCGAGACAGGCUACAGCAACAAAACACUGGCGGGUCUGUUGGGCAGGGGCCAUGAGGUCAGUUGGAUCGACAUUGAUUUGGGCAUCGCCGAGGUACAGGCCGUGGCCGUCGAGGGCGCGGGGACGCGCGCACGCAGGGUCUGGGCCGCCAGCGACUCGAGAAAAGGCGGUGUCGCCGUCGCCGUUUGA